AGUUCUGAAAUGCGCUCGUAGAACCUCAGCUGGCAUUGUCACCUGAAAUGAAAGCACUGUAUGCCUCGUUUCAGAAGUGUCUAGAACUCCGUGACAAAUACAUGCAGCGCUCACUUCAGCGAUUGGGCGACAAUCCACGCGACCACGAUGCAGAAUUCGCUGACAUAGAUGAGUCCGUCCGUGAUGUGCCUUGUAUCAAGGUAGAUGCACCAAUCACCUCCUACCCCCGUGCAAACCCUGCAGCCCAGGAUAAUCCCAAGAGAGAGCAUAUCGCAUGGGAGAUUUUCCCGCCUCCACCACCACCACAUUGGCAUCGGAGUGACGCUGGGUCUCUUGAAGCCCACCCGAACCCUGCCACCGAUCGAAAACACGUUAGCGGUAACGAAGAAUUCGAUUUUACAAAAUGCGAGAUUCCAGGCAUUGCUGAGGGAGAUAUGGCGACUUGGGAUUUUGCACUGGACGAAGGGGUAUAUCAAACCUAUGAUGCGAUUUCUUGCGUCCAGACUGCAUCCGAAGCACCAGGCUCUCGGAAACCCCUUUUUGACAUUCCGUCGAUCCGGGAAUAUUUCAUGGAUCUGGAUUAUGUUCUUGGUGUCAUUUCGGAUGGCCCUAAUAAGAGCUUUGCCUUUCGGCGACUGAAGUAUUUGCAAAACAAAAUGUCUAUGUACACCUUACUCUAUGAGUUUAAGGAGCUUGCUGAAAUGAAAAGGGUUCCACAUCGUGAUUUCUACAAUACCCGUAAGGUGGACACCCACGUACACCACUCCAGCAGCAUGAAUCAGAAGCACCUCCUGCGAUUCAUCAAACACAAGAUGAAAUGUAACCCUGAUGACGUGGUCAUAUUCCGGGACAACAAAUAUCUGACGCUUACACAAGUUUUCCAGUCGCUGAACCUUAGUGCAUAUGAUUUGUCCAUCGACACAUUGGAUAUGCAUGCCCAUCAGGAUUCCUUCCAUCGUUUCGACAAGUUCAACCUAAAAUACAAUCCCAUCGGAGAGAGUAGACUAAGAGAAAUAUUCCUUAAGACAGAUAACCUUAUCAAAGGGAGAUAUUUGGCAGAAUUGACUCAGGAGCUAAUGAAUGACCUAGAACAGAGCAAAUACCAGAACUGCGAAUGGCGGAUUAGCAUUUAUGGACGCUCUCUUGAGGAAUGGGACAAGCUCGCUAAAUGGAUAAUCAACAACAAACUUUACUCGCAUAAUGUUAGGUGGCUGGUUCAAGUGCCCCGUUUAUACAGUCUUUACAAGGAGGCCGGGACCAUCGAUAAUUUUGAAGAUUUAAUCCGAAGUGCGUAUCGCGCCGACCCACGGACUUCAUUAAUUUCUCACCCAUUAGAUAUCUUCCAACCCCUAUUCGAAGUCACCAAGGAUCCCAGCUCUCACCCUGAGCUUCAUGUGUUCCUUCGGCGUGUGGUUGGCUUUGACAGCGUGGACGACGAAUCGAAACCAGAACGACGAAUGCAUCGAAAAUACCCCCGUGCAAAAUCAUGGAAUACAACUCAGAACCCUCCGUACAGCUACUGGACCUAUUAUAUGUAUGCCAAUAUGGCGGACCUUAACAACUGGCGGAGAGCUCGUGGAUUCAAUACGUUCGUCUUUCGCCCACAUUGUGGGGAAGCUGGGGACACAGAUAACUUGACUUCAGCAUUCUUGGCAGCUCACUCCAUCUCUCAUGGUAUCCUGCUUCGGAAAGUGCCAGCCCUUCAAUAUUUAUUCUAUCUCAAGCAGAUAGGAAUGGCCAUGAGUCCCCUGAGCAAUAAUGCGCUGUUUCUAACUUACGAAAGGAAUCCAUUCCCCGACUUUUUUAAUACUGGACUGAAUGUCAGCCUGAGUACUGACGAUCCACUUCAAUUCCAUUACACCAAGGAGCCAUUGCUUGAGGAAUAUAGUGUUGCAACCCACAUUUACAAGUUUCCUCAAGCCUCGCUGGCAGAGUUGGCGCGCAAUUCCGUGAUUCAAUCCGGCUUCGAGAUGGAAAUCAAACGUCAUUGGCUCGGGAAGAAUUGGUAUCUUCCUGGGGCGGAGGGAAAUGAUAUCCAUAAGGUUCGUUGUCCCUUCGGUAAAUUUACUUGAGGAUUGAUGUUUGAUCUUCCGAAGACGAACCUACCCGAUAUCCGCCUCAUGUAUCGCCACGAUACCCUGCUGCAAGAAUUGGAAAUGAUACGUUCGA